GUGAUCUCAGGGACACUGCCCACUAACCAACAAUGGCCGCAAUCUACGCACAGCCCGCCGCUGCGAACUACUUCAACACCCCCUCCCACGCUCCCCAGAAACAGAGGGGCUACCGGCUAUGCGAUCAGUGUGGUGCGGUCGAGCAGCCGUCUGGCACUCGCUUCCGUCUCUGUGGUGGAUGUAUGACCACCCAGUACUGCUCGCAAGAGUGCCAGAAGAUGCACUGGUCUUCCCACAAACAGAUCUGCCAACACACAGCCGGCCAGAUCGCUACCGCGAAACAGCCAGGGGCGCCUGACGAGACCCUCGUCAAGAACCUGCGCAAAUUCGUUUCGUCGCAUUCAUCACUUCUCGGCUGGGCAGGAUUCCAGGCGCUCCAACUCAAGCGCAUUCCCUCCAAUGUCCGCCAGAACGCUCUCCUCAUCGAACUGAGGUAUAACCCAUCGGCAUCCGACGCACUCCGUCGAUUCACAAUCAAGGGGACACACAUAGUUCCUCGUACAUACGUUACCGACAACGACCCGCUCGUAGGCGCCGACAUCCAGCGACGCGAAGACCGGUGUCGUCGCUCAGGCGGCAUUGGCACCGCCGUCAUCCUCAUCCAAUGCGGCGACAUCAGCCAGGUCAUGCCCGUAGAAAUUGACGCGCCCGGCAAAAUCUCCUGGGACUCGCGCGACGACUGGUCCGAUGUGCUCCGGCACUUCGUGGACUCCGGCCGGAUAGACUUCAAGCCCAUCUCGACGACGCCGAGGGGGAUCGUCUACGGAUGAGCAUCUCCGUUAUCCCUCUGACUCGUUCGUCUGGCGACGUCGAUCGUCUUCGCCGCAUCUCACCACGAGCGCUGGACUUGCUCGUGCCUCUUCGCCGGAUCUUUGAUGACCGCGCGUUCGUUCUUGUGUAUCGCUGGAUCCCUCUAGUCGCCCGUCGCACACCCCGGACCGGACCCUUCGUACUGCUGUGUAUCGUUAUACCCGCCACGUCGCUUUCGUUCUUGUUCUUUACACGCUAAGUUAUACACAGCAUCUUCGCACUGUAUACUACCACAGUAAUCCAUAACUUGCACAAUGUACAACCGAAGUCUGUUCUGCGAA